AUUAAACUCAAAAUGGCGACCUCCUGUGGGAGGGUCGAUGAAUUAGUUAAAGAUUAUUUAUUAUAUAGAGGGUUAUCUUCCACAUUAAAGUCGUUGGAAUUUGAGCUGAAAAAUGAAAAAGAAAAAGCAUUCCGAGUUGAUAAAAUUAUUGACCAACUUCAGAGCUGCAUCAGCACAUAUGAUCUUUCAAACCUGAGGGACUAUUGGAAUUUUCUGAAUGCUAGGCUGUUUGCACGCCUAGAACAAAGGUACAUGGUGAGUGUUCGGAAGCUGGAAGUGGGACUUCUUAAACUGUACCUUAUCAAUGCUGCCCACAGCAACAAGCAGGACAAGAUACUUGACUUCUUUGAACGCAUGACGGAGCUCCUCCAGUCACAACCAGAGUUUAAGGAAUGGUUUGCUUUCCCGUUUGUCCGUAACCCCCGGGAAAACCCCAACUUUGCCCUGUACUUCUCUCAGCAAUGGCAAGACACGUUCUACCUGUCUCUACACAACUUCCUCAGUGUGAUUCUACAAGCCAUGCCCGGACCUGUGCUAAUGAGUUUUGAAGGUGAGUUGCGCAGAAUGAAGGAACUACAAGCAGAGAAUGAUAAACUCAAGGCACAGAUCCAAGAGUUAGGCAAGAAGCCUAAUGUCACACCAGAGUUGAGUGAUUCAUCAUUCCUUGAGAGGAGCCACAUGGAACUAGCCUAUGAUUUCUCCUCACUUGGAGAAGAAACAGCCAUCCAAGAGCCAGUGAACAAAUCUCCAAGGAAGUUUCCAUUCACGUCUUCCCCGCUGAGCAUUGGGAAAAAGUCUGACAAGGCCCCACCCCUGCCAGUCAAGAAAAAAGAUGACAACAUGAAAAUGACUGCCAUGCAGUCAAAGGAAAAAUCACAAUCAAGAGCUUCAAAAUUGUUACCUACAAUAAGGCAAAAAUCAAAAACAAUAUCAGGACAAUCAGGAAGUCCGGAUUUGUCAGCCAAUAGGAUGUUAGAUGCAUCAGCCAAUCACAGUGGAGGAGAGGCUACUGGAAUUACCAAUCAAAAUAUGUUGAAAAAGAGACUUGAAGAUGCUAGUCAGAAGAGAAAGGAAUUGCUCGAAAAUAACUCAUCUAAACACAAAGAAGAAAGGAGGUCAGAGUCUUCAGUGGCAUACAACCGGUCAGUUUCAGAGAAUACUUCUAUUGGCCAUUCUCCUCGAGCUCUCCGGAAGUCAGCUAAAAGCUUGAGUGAGACUAAGACUCAGAGUUUGUCUUUUUCUUCACCUCCAAAGUCUAUCACUGAGGUGCCACAUCAAGGUCAAGGUCAUCAGUCAGUUGCCAUGGAUACAACAAACUCUACAACUGAAAAGCAGGGAAACACAGUGUCUGAGAAAGCCAGGGAGCUGCAAACUUUCCCACCAAUUACUGGUACCCAUCAACAAGAAGCGUUCCAUGGCAGUGCAGGGCCAAAUCAGGAGUUAAAAGCUGAAGCUGAGAGCCAGGAAAGGAAUUUAGAAAGUUUAGAAACAGGGAACCAGAUUACCAAGGAAGUGGAGGAGACUGCUAUUGCUGAAGAAAAAGACACAGUGUCAGAGCCUGUCUCUGAGGCAGGUCAAGAAAAACCUUUCCUUCUCCUAAGUCAAGACGAGUAUAAUGAGCACCGGUCAGCCAUAUCAUAUGCCAGGUUCAGUAACAGUGGUCAGUACAUUGCCAGUGUGGACGUAGAUGGAGUGGUCAAAGUGUGGACAUGGAGUCCUGAGGCCAACACUGCGGCCACUGUGAUGUCCAAGUCUGCCUUCCUCUCUCUGGAGUGGGCCAGCAAGUCUGACCGAUGGUUACUGUUGGGCAACCGGUCAGGGAACAUCAGGCUGUUUGACGUUAAAGAGAUGAAGUCUUUCUACGAGGCAACUGCUGAUGCCAGCUUUCCUAGGAUUGUAGGUUUGUGUUCCAACCCGUGCACCCCUGGGUUUGUGUGUUCAGCCAGCACGGGGCGGGGCAGGAGUGGGUCCAUAGGGCCUGAUACAGGCCCCAGCAGGGAUAACAAGAUAGGCAGACUCACACUGUGGGAUCUGAAAACCAUGAAAGUAGAGCGAAUCCUGCCCAUUGAGCCAGGUCCAAUAGGAAUAACAAGCUGUAGAUACAACCAUAAUGGCCAGCUACUGAUUGCUGGAGGAGUGGACGGGAUCAUCAGACAAUAUGAUGUGAAUAAGCAGAAGUGUGUAAGCCAGUGGCGGGCCUCUAGCGGGGAGUUGAGACAGGUGCUCUACUCCGCAGACUUUACCUCAUGUUACAGUCUUGCCAUGGAUGGAACACUAUCAGAAUGGAGCCUCCACAAGACGGGCCAGAAGAUCCGUGACUUGCCUCUCCAUGCUGGUGCAGUGUCAGACUUCUCUGCCCUUGAGGCGUUGGGAAACAAGGAGAUUCCCAUGGGUAAACUUCUCGCAUUUGACUCUGACGGGAAAUACUUGCUGGGAUGCAGAGAAUCAAACUCUGAGAUAUAUCAGAUGCUGAAGUCAGAGACUGGUAUGAGGCACUUCAUGACAUUGAAAGGUCACCAGUCAUCCCUGGUUACGACCUUGGACUGGUCGCCAAACAUGGAUACCAAAAUCUGCCUGGCUGGCACCCACUGUGGCAGUGUAGUUGUGUCUACACUACUUUCACAAUGAGUAGAAUGGUUACCUGUGUAUGCUGUUUUCUAUGUGAAAUUGUGUAACACUGUCCACUUUUUUUUCAAAAAAUACAGGAGUAAAUCUGUUUUUUGUUCAUUGAGUGGAACUUUGAUAAUGUAUUUUCCAAACAAGUUAAUACAAAUAAGUUGAUAGGGACAUGUCCAGUAGCUAAAGUACACAAGUCAAAGCAAGAUGAGACUGUACUCAGUCUUGUAGUGCUGUACUGUGCUUCAGGACAAGAUUGAGUUGACACAGUGUGUGUAUUUUAUUGCUUAUGGAUUGUUAUCAUUAUUUGGAGUGAUUGUUUGUUUGUUUCAAAUUGUGAUGUUAAAUAAUGAAAUGUUUCAUAAUGAAAUGUUUCAUGCUAUUUUGUAUAAAUCAGGGUCAGUUGCAAUGAUAAAUUUGUUUUUAGGGUUAUUUUCCACGUGGUCAAGGCAUGCACACCAUUUGUAAAAGCUCUUAUUUAAGUUUGUUUUAAAAAAAUCUUCAAUUGUUUAUUUAUCACAAAAUGUUUCAUCUUAAAGCUGCACUCUCACAGAUUGAUUGUUUUGACAAUCUUUUUAUUUUUUGUCUUGGAAUGAGCAUUUUUUGUUUGAAGGUCUGGAAACAAGUGAUAAAAGACUGCUGACAAUAGAACAGACCACAGUUUUCAUAUUUAUGUCUCCCCCUCUCUGGGGGAGACAUAUUGUUUUUGCCCUGUCCGGUAGUCCGUCAGUCCGUCCGUACGUCACACUUCGUUUCCGAUCGAUAACUGGAAAACCGCAUGACCUAGGAUCACCAAACUUGGUAGGGAGGUUGGUCGUGAGGUGUAGAGGAUCCCUAUUGUUUUUGGGGUCACUAGGUCAAAGGUCAAGGCGACCCCCAAUAUAAAAAACAUUUCCGCUCAAUAUCUUGAGAAUGGUUUGACCUAGGUUCACCAAACUUGGUAGGGAGGUUGGUCAUGAGGUGUAGAGGAUCCCUAUUGUUUUUGGGGUCACUAGGUCAAAGGUCAAGGUCGCGGCGACCCCCAAUAUAAAAAACAUUUCUGCUCAAAAUCUUGAGAACGGUUUGACCUAGGUUCACCAAACUUGGUAGGGAGGUUGGUCAUGAGGUGUAGAGGAUCCCUAUUGUUUUUGGGGUCACUAGGUCAAAGGUCAAGGUCGCGGCGACCCCCAAUAUAAAAAACAUUUCUGCUCAAAAUCUUGAGAACGGUUUGACCUAGGUUCACCAAACUUGGUAGGGAGGUUGGUCAUGAGGUGUAGAAGAUCCCUAUUGUUUUUGGGGUCACUAGGUCAAAGGUCAAGGUCGCGGCGACCCCCAAUGUAAAAAACAUUUCCGCUCAAUAUCUUGAGAAUGGUUUGACCUAGGUUCACCAAACUUGGUAGGGAGGUUGAUCAUGAGGUUUAGAAAACUCCUAUAUUUUGGGGGGUCACAAGGUCAAAGGUCAACGUCGCUGUGACCUCUAAUGUAAAAAAAUAUUUCCGUGCAAUAUCAGGAGAAUGCUUUGAUCUAGUUACAUUUUAUACCAGUUUGAUUGAUUGGAAGAACUGAUAAGAUGUCAUAGUAUAGCCAUGGACAGGAUUCUGUGUUUAUAAAAAAAAGUCUCCUUAAAGCUUCAACUGAAUUUAUUAUGUCUCCCCAAUUAAUGGGGAGACAUAUUGUUUUUGCCCUGUCCGUCAGUACAUCCGUCACACUUCGUUUCUGCUCAAUAACUAAAGAACGCUUGCACUCAGGAACUUUAUACUUGGUAUGCUAGUUGGUCAUGACUAGUAGAUGACCCCUAUUGAUUUUGAGAUCAAUAGGUCAAAGGUCAAGGUCGCAGUAGAUAUUCACUAUUUAAUACAGGUGAAUAAACCAAACUUCACUGUUGGUUUGUCUCCUGUCCAUAAUUACAAAUUUCAUGUCCAUCUUUUUUUUUCUCAGAUACGACCACACAAUAGGGGAGACAAGCGCUUUUUCAAAAAAGUAAUCUCUAGUUAUGUUCAAAAUUGAGGUUAUAUGGCUAAAAGCAUGACUAACGCUGUAAGAAAAAAUCCUUUUUCGACAGUUUUCCAUGCAAUUGAGUUCUGUUCUAUUGUACAAUUUUUAACUUAUUUACUGUGAAAUAUGCUGUCAUACUGACCGAGAAGAUAGCCAAGGUCAAUAAUGAUUUUGCGAUAAAUAUGAGCUGCAUAUUUUACAGCUGAUAAGUAAAUAACUGUUUUAUUACAUUUACCACAUAAUAUGUUAUGACAUCAUAUGCUAAACUGUCAGGUCUUUAAACAAACAAGUCAAUAUGGCAUUUUAAAGUGAUUUUUCCAGCUUUAUUAUGCCGUCAUAUAAUAAACUUUCCAGUCUAUAAAAAGACCAAAGGUCAAAGAUGGCACUUUAUUUUGUCUACAAAAAUUGCUCUUUGUCCAAUCAUGGAUGGUUUAUUUUUAGAUUAUGUGAUAUUUCACAUUGCUUCCUGAAAUGUCAUUUAUUUAAAACACCCAAUUAAGCUAUGAAAGCAAAUGUGUGUCCAAUGGGCCAGAAUCCCAUGCUGCAUGUCAUAAUGUAAAAGCUUGUAUUUAAUAGAUAUUCAAUACAUUCCUUCUUAAAGAAUAUAUUUGAAUACAUAAGUUGUCAACAUGUCUUCAUUCCGAGAUUUUUAACUGCUUUGAGGAUGUAACGUAUAUCACAGUUAUAUUUAUGUGUCAAAUAACUGAGAAACAUUGCAUGAUAUCGAUGAAUAGCUUAAUGUUGUAUUAAAUACAAAAAAUUUGUAUUAUUCAGUUUAUUUUUGUAUUAUUCAGUUUAUUUUUUCUGCUCGUAUAUUUUCCAUGUGUUGUUGAGUUACCGUAUCUGUAUGAAAAUAUUGAAAAUGUUACUUUGAUGAUAAAUAAAGUUUAAUAAGGAGACGUUGGGUUUCAGACUGGGCAAUCUUUACUCGUCCCAGCCAAAUAACUGUUAAUUAUGAUAUUCAAGGGACCAUUGCAAUGAAAUAUAUUUCUGUAUAGUAACAUAAUUGACUUCGUUAAAUUGUAUUCAUUAUUCAAAUAAAUCAUUAAGAUGA